GUGACGUCCGUCCCGGCAGCGCUUGCGCUGCUAGACCGGUUUCUCUCUGUUGCCGCUACUAUUCCCGCAAUGGCGGUCCUCAGCAAAUUACUGACUCCCAAACACUCUGCGUUCGGAGCGGCAGCUGUCUUUGUACUCUUUGCGUUGAGUAAAAGACGGGGCAGAGGCACAUCGCACAGUAAGAAUGAUGGAAAGGUUUCACUUCAGAAUGAGAAAGAAGGAAAAAAAGAGAAAGCAGUUGUGGAUGGUGUUUUCUUUGCUAGGAUAUGGAGAAUUCUGAAGAUAAUGGUGCCUGGAAUGUUUUCACAAGAGGUGGGUAUUGUACGUUUAUUCAGGUGAAGACUGAUAAUUAGUCAUUUGUAAAGUUUGCAAUCAAACACAAAUAAAUCUAUGUCUAAAGGUGAGAGAGCUUAAAGGCCUGCUUCCCUAAGAAAGGUGGGAAACUCUAGUUUUUAUACAUUCCUUGUUGAUGAUCAGGGAAAAUUAAUGGCUCAGAUUCAAGUUACCUGUUCUGUCAACCAGGAGAUGAUGCAAUUAUAUGGCCAAGGGAGAAAGAGACCAUAUGACAAGAAUGAAAAGUUCCAAACUGUGCCUCAUAUAAUUGUAGGAGAGUUACCUUUCCAGGUCAAUAUAUUUCAGAAGAGUUCUAGAAAAGGAUUGUCAAGCUGAAACAUGACCCUUUCUUUCUCUGCAGAUCCUGCUGGAUUCACUGACUAUUUCCAAUGUUUUCCAUUUU